UUUACAACAGAGCGUGAAGAUGGAGUACAACGCAGUCGGUCGUGUUCACGAUUCUGUAACACAGUUUAAAGUCUACGAAGAUUAUCUCGACUCCAAAAUCACGCCAAUGGAUUUAUUUUACUUAAAAAGCAGGGAGUUGGCCCGUACGCUGGUGGAGCACGGCCACAAGGGCACAGUUCUGAGCAGGGAGGAAUUUGAGGAGAAGAAAGCAGCUGCACAGGCUGCAGAGGCUGCGAGGAGCAACACUUUCUACAACAGGAGCCGGCCAAUGACAUUGGCAAGUGCAGGAAAAGAACUCAAAGAUAACUUCCUGCAGGCCCUGGCAGAGCGAGAGGAGGCCAACCGCAGUGGGAAAAUGACUUCGGUCAUUUUCAUAAGGGAUCAUAAUACUCUUGGACAGGAAGUAUCUGGCUACAUAGACUACGCCCACAGACUCAAGACCCAAGAUUUUGAACCAUAUUUCAAUGGAAAGAAGAGGCUCAUGCCAGGACGCUUGGAUUUAUGCUACUACAACUGGAAGACACAGGUGUCCACGUCCAACUCGAGCCCUAACUUUGAGGUGAUUUAUGACGAUCCUAACGGCCUUCUGUUUAAGAAUAAGAGGGACAAAAAGAUGCUGAAUGUGGACCCCGUGUCUGGUCCUGGUGAGGACUCCAACAGGACGUUUCUACGGUCCGACCUCUACAUCCAUGUCGUCAUCUACGACCACAACAUCAGGACAGUCUAAACUUCAGAGGCUGCUGCCGACACAUUCAUACAUAUGGCACAUAUUGGAGAGCACUGGAAGCCUCUAAUUUGACUGAGUUGCUUUAGUUGCACCAUCAUUUACAAACUGUUCCCCUCAUAUCAUGCAUGCCAUCUGGGUGGAGGUGCUGCAGUGAAAAAAUGGCUUUAAAGUGAGGAUUCCCAAAGGAAGAAGUGGAUGGACCAGUGUGACAACUUGGAAGUUUUCUUGCAAAAAGCCUGAGAUUAUAUAUGUUGCUUUAGAUUUUGCAACAUUAUCCUACUCUAAAGCGACAAAAUCAUUUGUUUAAAUUAAUUCUUCUGUAUUCCAUUUAUUGAAGACCAGAACCAAGUUCAGCUCAGUUUGUUUGGUAUUCACCAAGCAGCAGUCUUAGUUAGGGGCAGGAACCUGCUUGGGGACCCCGGGCUUGUCCCAUCGUUUGGCCUGGCAUGUUUUGGGCUGUUUGUCUAAACAAAUUAAAGGCGUAAGAGCUUUGAAAGAUGAUGGGGGUUCCUUUUAUGUCCUCCCCCAGGCUGCGGUUGCUCCAAUUGGACUGGAAGAAUGGGUAAUGGGCUUAAAGCAUUCCGUAUGUUCCCAGAUGCAAGGCACACUUUACAGGACAUCAAAGUGCUCUAUCAUUUACAUAUUAGUCAUUCACUAUGACAUUUUUAAUGGAAGACAACUCUACAAAUAACCUGUUUUAGGAAUCAUUUAAGAAGUACAAAAGACUUUUAGCAACUUGCUCCCUUUUAAUUUCAGGAUUUCAAUUUUUUUGCAUUUGUUAUUGAAACACCUGGUAUGAAUCAGCCGCCCCACAAGAAACAUUUUCUAUGUCUAUAAGCUAACAAAUUACAGGGUCUUUGUUAUUUGUUCAUAAAUGUGUCUGUAGACUCUGCAGACAAAUAGUUGGGGGUAAAACAUUUUUUCCAUUUAGUCACAAGGAAACAUCCUGCACAUGUGCCAGCUUUGUGGAGGUAUUUUUGUGCACUUCCAACCAUGGAGUAAAAUAUAGGCAUUCAACGUAGUCCUGCAUUGAUGCACAGUAACAAGAAUUAAGGUUUCUUAUGAUGGUUUCACAACAAUAUUACCUUUCACUGGAACAAUAAUAGUCUUUAAAAGAAUACUUUGACAUUUUUCUGGAAAAUAUGCUUAUUUUCUUUCUGAGAGUUGGAUAAGACCGAGGCCUCACUCAUGUAUGUAUGGUAAAUAUGAAACCACAGCCAGCAGCAGGUGAACUUAGAUUAGCAUACAGACUUUUGUAUGCUACUGGAUACUUGAAUUUCCCUCGGGAUAAAUAAAGAAAUAAAAAAAAAUCUAUCUAGACUGAAAACAGGGGGACAUGGUAACAAAAUCUGCCUUCAUCUUGUUUGUUUAAUCCGUAAACCAAAACUUAUGUUUUUAGAGGGGGUUGUGCUGGACUAUUUUUUUCGUGAUUUUCUUUUUUUUCUUUGGAGCCAGGCUAGCUGUCUCCCCCUGCUUCCAGUCAUUCACAGUAAGCUAAGCUAACUGUCUCCUGACUGUAGCUAAAUAUUUAAAGCUGCCGUAGGUAAUGUUUAUAAAAAUUACUUUUUGUCAUGUUUUUGCUGAAACUUUCACUAUAUUCUGACAGUAGUACAUGAUACACACUUUGGGGCCCUGGGAAAAGCUGUCUUUCUCGGCUCUGAUUGGUUGUUUUCAUUCAGGCACAGUGGAUUCUUGCAAAUGUCGUUAGGAGCAUUAGUAGGAGCCAGAGGAACUGAUUUUCUUUCCUAAUUUUUUCCUCAUAUUCUACAGUCGGAAUUUAGUGAAAGUUCCGCAAUGAUUUUAGCAAGUUAUUUUAAGUUACUGCAGCUUUAAUGCACAGACGAGGGUGGUAUUGAUUUUUUUCAUCUAACUCUCAGCAAGAAAGAAAAAUACACUUUGCUGUCUUUCAACAUGUUCCAACUAGUCCUUUAUAAACCGACAUUGUGGCAGCCAUAUUUAACGUGCCCUUGUUUUAACUUCCCCUGCAUCCAUUCUGGUGAAAUUUUAUUUUUGAAAGUUUUGAGGUUUAAACAAAUUAGUUCAUUGUAAUACAAACCUCUAAUGUUCCUCAGCUGCCCUGAUACCAGAGCAGCCUUCCACUGGCUGCAUCUGUUUGUCUGUUUUGAUGGAAUUGGACCCUGUUGGCCUCAUUGAAACAAUAUGUGUGGUGACAUUGGGAUGUGGGUUCUGGUUCUGUAAAGCAGGGAUUUAGGGAAUGGGGUCUGGUUUGGGGUUUUCUUAGUCAGUGGGUUUCUGGUUGUUGUUUUUUUAAGAUGUGAGUUCUGGUCAUGCUUUGGAAUGAUGAUGAAACAAGGUUUGUGAAAGUCUUGAGGGGUCAUAAAAAAACAAUGUGAUUGACUAGAGAGACCAUUCCUUUUUUAAAUUUAUUUUUUGUCUGUCUUCAAAUCCGUUUUUGUUGUUGUAUGUCUUUAAAUGGAUGUGUAUUUCUGUCUUGUUAAAACAGCUCUGAAGAAACUGGUUUGUCUUUGCUAUUGUCUCGAAAACACUAACUGGACUAACAAGGAUGAGAAGCAUAUUGAAAUUUGGCAGAGGGAUGGCGUUGGGAAGGUCAUGUCCUCUUUGACUUCUUUUGAAAAGGCCAGAUUUAACCUCGGGACGAAGGCUGUCGUAAUCCCAGAACCAUCCACCUGACUAUCUCACUAUCUGCCCUGCUUUGUUUUGUUGUUUUUAUGUGUUGGAAGUAACUGACCGGGUGGCAAAUGAACAUUUCACGCUCAUCUACAGCUGUUUAGGUUUACAGGCCACAGCUCAUUCAUGUGGUCCAGUGAUGGUGAUGGAACAGCCCCGCUCUGCUCUCCCUCCCUGAAAGUGGCAUCAGUCAUUACCAAACACCUAGCAAUGAAAACAGCAGAUGUGCGCAUGAAAAAAAAGGCAAUUUGAUUGACAAACAAGUAUCACUCAGGAAAUGCACAGGCUACUUUUAGCGUGCCUUGACUCUGUGGAAGAACAAACCUUAAAAAAAUAUAUAAAAACAGGUUGCUGGAACUCACCCACACAGACCGUGUGUCUGUAAAUAGUAAUGAUUUCACAAUAAAAUCUAAUUUAAAUGGC